AUGGCUACUGAAUCCUCCUACCCAACACUGAGCGCCAAGCUUGAUCUUCGAGGCGAACAGUUCCGUGCUAACAAAGAGAGCUGGAUACCUGUUUUGGAAAAAUUCGAGGAUGCCUUGAAGCAGGUUUCCGCUGAAGGAAAUGAUGUUUCUUUGCGGAGACAUCAAACUCGGGGCCAGCUACUGCCAAGGGAUCGUGUCGCAUUACUAUUAGAUCAAGAUUCACCAUUCCUCGAACUGGGUGCGUUUGCUGGCUUUAGAAAUGAGGACUCGACGCCUUGCGCGAACUUGAUCUCGGGAAUUGGAACUGUUUGUGGACGGCCUUGUUUACUCAUGUCGCAUAUCCCCACACAAAGUGGUGGGGCUUGGAAUGAGAUGACUGUCCUGAAAGUAAACCGGAUGAUGGAGGUUGCAUUUGAAAACGACCUUCCUCUGAUAUCGCUGGUUCAAUCGGCUGGUGUGUUUUUGCCUCAACAGUUCCGUGUCUUUCACAAGGGUGGCCAGCUCUUCCACGAUCUUGCCGUGAGGACGCAACAUGGCAAGCCUUCCUGUGCUAUUGUGUUUGGAUCUUCAACUGCGGGAGGAGCCUAUCACCCUGCGCUCUCUGAUUAUACUAUCUUUGUUGAAAAUCAAGCCCAAGCCUUCCUCGGUGGUCCGCCGCUCGUCAAGAUGGCCACUGGUGAGGUGAUCGGAGCGGAGGAGUUGGGAGGUGCGAAAGUCCAUGCUGUGACGACUGGUCUCGCGGAUCAGAUUGCAACCGAUGAAUUCGAUGCCAUCCGAAUGGCUAGAGAAUGGGUUGCUUCGCUACAGAUGCGAACUCCUCCCAGACUUGACAUGAUCGAACCGAUCGUACCCCGAUACCCGAUCGAAGACCUAUUAUCGCUAGUUAAUCCUGAUAUCCGCAAACCGUUCGAUAUGAAUGAGGUUCUCCUGCGUAUCGUAGACGACUCUCGGCUCUCAGUCUUCAAACCAAAAUACGGUCCCAAUAUUGUGACUGCAUGGGCUCAUAUCAUGGGUUUCCCUGUCGGUAUCGUCGCCAAUCAGAUCUCAGUCAUUAACCCCAAUGAAGCCGGAAAGGCCGCCCAAUUCAUUCGGAUGUGCAAUCAACAAAACACUCCCAUCAUCUUCCUACAUAACGUAACCGGAUUCAUGGUCGGCGCCAAAGCUGAGCACGCAGGAAUCAUCAAGGCGGGCGCUCAGCUAGUCUCCGCCGUGAGCUGCUCCACAGUGCCUCACAUCUCAAUCAUCCUUGGUGCAUCUUACGGCGCCGGUAACUAUGCAAUGUGCGGCAGGUCCUACAAGCCCCGUUUCCUAUUUACCUGGCCGACCGGUCGAUGCAGCGUGAUGGGACCCGAUCAGUUGUCUGGUGUGAUGGAGCAGGUACAGAUAGCCAGUGCCAAGUCCAAGGGCCAGAUUCUGUCACCAGAGAAGUUGCAAAAGCAGGUGAAGGGAUUUAGGGAUCGGGUUGAACGGGAUGCAGAAUGCUAUUCCACUAGCUCGAUGCUCAUCGAUGAUGGGAUUAUUGAUCCGCGGGAUACGCGUGAUGUCUUGGGAAUGUGCUUGGAGACGGUGACUUUGCAAGGCGUGAAGGGUACGGAAACGCAUAAUUUGCUUGCGCGGAUUUGA